UUUUAAAAAUAAAAGAGCAAAGACUAAUUGGAGGAUGGAAAACGGAUUUUCCUCCGUCAAACAAAGGUCAUAGCGACUAUAGCUUCCAGUCAAAAUCCCUAACUUCUUUCAGAAAUUAGGACACAAUUUUUGGUCACUCUUAAUCAGGAUGGACAAAGGAAAGAAGCUGGGUAAUUCUAAUGUGGUGGGCAAGCCGGACAAGAUCUAUAUGGAUCUCAGAGAAAUAAUCCAGGAGCAUGCUAUCCGUUACCUUCCUGCUAAAUCUCUUUGCAGGUUCAAAGCCGUGUGCAGAGGCUGGAAACUACAGAUAUCAAGUCCAUUCUUUGAACACAGCCAAUCCUUUGCUUUUCGUUCUUUGUCGGGCUUCUUUUGUCAGUCUUCUGAUGGCUCCAUCUCCUUUAUACCCCUUGAUCCAAUGGCGUAUGGAAUCCCAGACCCAAAUUUGAAGUUCUUGCCUGAGCCUGUUGAUUUACUUGCAUCAUCUCAUGGUUUGCUCUGCUGUCGAGGUCGCACUAAUGAAAAGGCAUAUUAUAUUUGCAAUCCUGUCAACCAGCGCUGGAAGAAACUUCCUAACCCUGAAGCUAACCAUGGACAGAACACAUCUGUGGUACUUGUAUUUGAGCCAUCACUGCUAGACUUUUUGGCUGAUUAUAAGCUAAUUUGUGCUUUUCCCUCUACUGAUUUUGAUUGUGCUUAUGAGUUUGAAAUCUAUUCAUCACUUGAGAACUCGUGGAAGAUUUCCUCUGAGAUUUACUUUGGUGAAAAGGGAAGGAUAUUGAAGGGAGGUGGCUUUCAUCUGAACGGGUUUGUGUACUGGUUGGUAAACAAUCAUGUGAUUGGUUUUGAUCUAAAGAAAAAUCGUGUGAAAGUAAUCCCAUGCUAUGGAAUGUAUGGAACGCGUACCUUGGGCAGUGUGGACAGAAAACUUUGUGUAUCACACAGGAAAGGUUGUGAACUAAGCAUAUAUGUGUUGUCCAAUGAGUAUGCAAAUACUAUGCAUAUGGGAUCUGAAAGCAAGACAUGGGAACUGAAAAAAUUUAUGCUAUAUAGUAAUGCAGAUACUGGCAAUAAUGCAGCGAAUGAUUGUGAAGUGAAUCUUUUGUCUGUGAGAAGCGAUGUGAUUGUGUAUCCAAAAGGCAAAAACUUCUUGUCGUAUGAUCUAAGAACUAAGGAAACUACAAAUGUGAGCACUAAGGAAGAAUUUAACAGAAACAGUGUUUAUGUUCCUUAUGUUAACAGCCUAGUGUGGCUUUAGUGACUAAUGCAUCAGAUGGACCAGGGAUCAACUUUGAGUUUUAUACCGGUGUUUGGUGAAGAGGAUGGUUCCAUAUUACAGUAUUAUCGUCUGUUAAACUAUGAUUGUUAUAUAUCUUGCCUAUAUGAUCAGUAAAAUAGUUGGUUUAAGAGUACUAUUCCUAUGCAUAGUAUAUGUAUUUAAAUAGAUGUUGAAUUUAGUUAAGCUAUAUGAUGUAUCUAAAUUUUCUCAUAUAAAUGUUCUAUCUUCAUAUUUUACA